AUGUUCACCAAGAAGGGGUGGCACCGCCGCUACGCGUUUGCCACUCAUGAGGGGUUCGGCCUCUGCCACGCGAACCCGCGCGACAGGGGCAACGGCCUCGCUGGGCGCCCACUAAAGAUGCUGCACGCCAAGUCGUUUAUUCCGUUUGCGAAGAGGCGGAAUGGCGAGGUGGAGCUGCAGCCGGUGUACGUUGUCGACGACGUCAGUGCUGCGCGGCACCCUGAAGCGCCCCAGAAGAGCCACAACGGCAUCUGUAGCGAGACGGUGUCCCUGGCUGAGGGGGGCAGCAGCACCGCAUCCGUGCGCGACCUGACGAGCAACGGCAGCAAGUGUACUUACUACUACUUUGGGCUCAGCUUUGAGGAACACCGCAAGCGAUACCUGCUACUGCUCCGUACUUCCUCGCCGCAUGACUACAUCAUGUGGACCACCUAUUUGCCCCUGUACGUGCACGAGGGCAGCGCGUCGAGGAUUGUGCCAAUUGGCCAUCCGUUAGAGACCGGCCGCCCCCAGCCGAUCGACCUCAAUCACAGGCGGCUGACUGAGAAGCGCGAAUCAAUGCUGCCGAGCACAGUCGCCUUCUACCUCGACCCCAACCCCUGCACCUUCGACGAGCAUGUGAAGGUCCGCCGCCUGUGCCUCAACUGGGACGAGGGCGAGCGCCGACGGCUCUUCACCACGGCCGCGGAUCGCGUGCGCUCACUGUGCGGGAUUUCUGAGAGCACCGCGUCCGCGAGCAUCGCCAAAAUGCAGGACAAGAGCGAGGAAGAGUACCGCAAGGUCGUAUCCUCUCUGUUCGAGGAGCUGUCCCCGUCGGUUCCCGAGUCCGAGGAAAGUUAUCCUCCGUGCCACGAAGACAAAACUAUGCCCAGGCAUGACGCUGCCGCGAUGGUUAGCGUAGGGGCGGCUGCGGGCAGCUCCGGCGCGGCGCACUCACCCGCGACGCACAUCGACACAGCCGAAGGCGCUGCCAGCGACCCGAGCAUGAGAGAGAGCUUAAAGCACUCGAUUAGUCGACGGUUCUUCCCUAGCUUCCCCAUUGGUGGUGACGGCGCUGACAGUGGGGGGAAAGUGGUGCGCAAGCACCCGAGACUAGAGAACGGUGGCACCGCUGUCCACUCGACUCCGCUGAGGAGCUGA